AUGCUGCUCACCCUGGGCGGGGAGGAAGGGGUGUCUCGGGUGUAUGCUGAUCCUGCGAAAAGGCUUGAGCUGUAUUACAGACCUAAGGACCCUUAUUGUCAUCCAUUGUGUGCCAAUCGCUUCCCCACCACCACUAUGAUCCUACGGGUGAAGAUAAAAACUCGGAAGAAAAGGUCAGAUGGGAUGAAAACUGAAAGCCAAGCUUCAGAGGAAAAGGUUACCAUGGAAAUCAUUGGUGUGGUGGGAACAGUCUAUAAAUUCCAAGGCAUGUCGGAUUUCCAGUACCUGGCAUUUACCCAUGGCUCUGAUGGAUCCCGGAUCUCUCUGUAUGAUAAAGUCCUGCUAACAAAACCUGAGAAAGAGGAGUUCUUCCAUCAGGACCUGCCCUUAUAUAUCCCUCCUCCUAUUUUCUCUCGAUUAGACAACCCAGUGGAUUAUUACUACAGACCAAAUAUCAACCACAGGGAUGGCUAUCAGCCCCCAAAUUUAUCCAGUGAAAAUCUGAUCGGCCUUAGUAGGGCUCGUAGGCCUCACAAUGCCAUAUUUGUCAAUUUCGAAGAUCCGGAAAUUCCUGCAGAGCCACAUCCAGCCGCCUUGAAAAACUGGAAGAAGCUGUGUACUAACCCCAUAGACAGUCAUGUGGAGCAGGAAAUGAUAAGGCUUUUCAGCAUCCGUCCAAUAUGGUCCCGAAACGCAAUUAAGGCCAAUGUCAGCGUUCACCCCGACAAGCUGAAGUUACUUUUACCAUAUAUGGCAUAUUAUAUGUUGACAGGCCCUUGGAGAAGUCUGUGGGUGCGCUUUGGCUAUGACCCCCGGAAAAACCCAGAAGCUAAAAUGUACCAAGUGCUUGAUUUCCGGAUACGCUGCGGAAUGAAAUAUGGGUACGCCCCAAAUGAGAUGCCUGUAAAAGCCAAACGUAGCACAUACAACUACAGCCUGCCUAUCACUUUGAAGAAGCCAGUACCACAGGCAAUUAGCGUGCAGGACCUGACCCAAGGACUGGCAGCUUCCAGCAUCCUAGGGAGUAAAAAGAUUCCAUCCAACAAGUAUAAACUAAAGGACUCUGUUUACAUAUUCCGAGAAGGAAGCUUGCCUCCAUAUCGGCAAAUGUUUUACCAGCUCUGUGAUAUACAUGUAGACAGUUUGCAGGAGAUCUUUAAGCGCAACGAUGAAGCAGAGACUGAAUGUACCGAACGAGAUGGCUGGUGCCUUCCAAAGACCAGCGAACAGCUUAGAGACUCCAUGUGCCUCAUGAUCAAACAGAUCAUCCGCUCCAAGAGACCAGCCCUGUUCUCUGCUCCAUCCACUUCUGCUGACAAGAAGGAGCAGCUGAGUUAUGAAUCUGGAGAAGAGGAGGAUGAUGAGGAGGAAGAGGAUUUUCAUCCUUCUGAAGGCAGCGAGAAUGAAAUGGAGACGGAACUCCUGGAUUAUGUGUUAGAUGACACCCAGCAGCCUGAUCCUAUGGAUGAAUCUAGAACUGAGACUUGA